AUGGGUGACUUGGAGCAGCUGAAAAAGGAAGUCAAAACCAUUAAAGAGCAAAUUGCAUCGGCACGCAAGGCAGCCCAGGACACCACCCUGGACUCUGUGGCCUCUGGGGCAACAGCAAUUGGGCGCAUCCAGCCAAAGACUAGGAAGACACUAAAAGGACACCUGGCUAAAAUCUAUGGCAUGCACUGGGCCACCGAUUCCAGGCAAAUGGUCAGUGCUUCCCAGGAUGGCAAGCUCAUUGUGUGGGAUGCCCACACCUCCAACAAGGUGAAUGCCAUCCCCCUGAAGUCCUCAUGGGUGAUGACAUGUGCUUUUGCACCCUCUGGGGACCUAGUGGCUAGCGGUGGCCUGGACAACAUAUGCACUGUCUACAACCUGCAGGGCAAAGAUGGCAACGUCAGAGUGCUGAGAGAGUUGGAUGCCCACUCAGGUUACCUCUCCUGUUGCCGCUUCAUGAAUGACAACGAAAUCAUCACCAGCUCUGGUGACACCACUUGUGUCCUGUGGGACAUUGAGACGGGCAAGCAGAAAACAAUCUUCGUGAACCACCUGGGCGAUUGCAUGUCCCUGGCCUUGAGCCCAGAUAUGAACACAUUCAUCUCCGGGGCCUGCGACAACCAGGCCAAGCUGUGGGACAUCAGAGACGGAACCUGCAAACAGACCUUCGAUGGCCACACGAGUGACAUCAAUGCCAUCUCAUUCUUCCCCACCGGCACCGCAAUCGUGACAGGAUCCGACGACUGCUCCUGUAAGAUGUACGACCUGCGCGCAGACCAGGAGCUGACCACUUACAUGGACAGCAGCAUCAAAUGUGGCGUCACCUCCCUGGCCCUGUCUGUCUCCGGCCGCCUGAUCUUGGCCGGGUACGAUGACUUCAACUGCAACAUCUGGGACUCGCUCAAGGGCGAGAAAGUUGGAGUGUUGUCUGGUCAUGACAACAGAGUGAGCUGCACAGGAGUGCCCCCUGAUGGUAUGUGCGUUUGCACAGGAUCCUGGGAUAGUUUCCUGAAGAUCUGGAAUUGAGUUGGUCCCCCAAAGGCGGAGUGAGG